GUGGGUGCCUCGGGCACGCGGGCGCAAUAACGUGUCAUACCACGUGGUCCUUUUGCGAGAGCCAAUCAGAUGCGUCCAGAUCACAGGUUCCGCGUUCUGAGCGGAAGAGAAGAUGGCUGCUGCGAGGAACGGAAAGAACGGGAUCCUGGAGAAAUGGCGUAUCGAUGAGAAACCAGUGAAGAUCGACAAAUGGGACGGAGCUGCUGUGAAGAACUCUCUGGAUGACGCCGCGAAGAAGGUGCUGCUAGAAAAGUACGGCUACGUGGAGACCUUUGGGCUGGUGGAUGGUCGUCUGGUCAUCUGCACAGUCUCCUGUCUCUUCGCCAUGUUGGCUCUGAUCUGGGACUUCCUGCACCCCUUCCCCGAGUCCCGACCAGUUCUGGCCUGCUGCGUCAUCUCCUACUUCAUCAUGAUGGGCAUUCUGACUCUCUACACCUCCUACAAGGAGAAGAACAUCUUCCUGGUGUCUCUGCAGAGGGACCCUUCAGGACUGGAUCCAGACCACAUGUGGCAGCUGUCCUCGUCCCUGAAGAGGUUUGAUGACCAGUACUCGCUCAGAGUUUCCUUCUCUGACGGGAAGUGGAGAAACUCUCGUGAGGCAGAGUUCACCAAGUCGGUGUCUUCGUUCUUUGACGAGAACGGGACUUUGUCCAUGGACCAGUUUGAGAAAUGUGUCUCAAAACUCCACGACACGCUGGCAUCCGACAAGAAGACCAAGUAACCACUGUGUCAGUACGUCAAUACUCCGGUGUAUAAUAAAGUAUUUCUCCUCCCUCACACGAUGUUCUUGUUAAAGCACAUGAUGCCUUCAAGGACACUCAGAGAUUCAAAGACUCAAUGUCAGCUGCAACAAGCAGAUUUUAAAAUUCGCAGAUGAGAAGAAAUGUUGUAAAAGAAGCUGGUGUUUGAUGUUGUAUCUUCGGUUUCUCGACAUAACACCACCUGAGAUCCAUGUCUUUGUGUUGAGCCAACGGCUCAUUUUAAGCUCGGUCUUUGUCGUCUCUAUUUAAAACAAGAUCACAUCACUGGUGGGUGGAGCCUCUGCGGUCACAUGGGCGGAAACGAGCAGCCUGAUUGGUUCUUUACCAAUGAUAGAAAUAAAAGGUCUGAAGCGUUUGUUUCCGACUGCAAUGACAGAAAUUUCAGAUUUACAUUGUUAGCAUCCGUGAAUGAACGCGUCGAAGCCUUCAAACCAGAAGUGUAAACUUUACUUUAAGUGCUUUUCCUUUUUUAGCUCUAUAACUUCAUAGUUUGGAGAAUUAAAGAUGGAGAUUGUUACAGAAA